GUAACAACAACAAAAAAAAAAUGAAAUUUCAAUGUUUUAUGUGCGUAUUAUUAUGGGCCUUACUUUCGACUCUCUAUCUAGUCAAAGCUCAAGUGCCGCCCCGUUUGUCGAUACCCGGCGCAGUGCCAGUCCCUGUAGGACGUGCCACUUCGGUACGCGCUAGACGUCCUGCAGCUUUAAGAGCUCAGCAAAGUUUAUUAGCCAACAAUAUUGCAUCGCGUGUUAUUGAAGAAGCUAAACCGGUGACGGAAGCUCCCGAAGAUGAGUUACCCGACGCUUAUUUGCCGCAACUGCUGCGAGAUCAACAAUUAACUGGCUCCCAACUGACCACAGCCCAACAAAUGCAGUUUCAACAAACCGUAGCUGCUUUUCUCAAUGGCGAAGUGAAUUCUAUACCCGACACACCGAUUUCUCAUCUAUUAAGUGAUGAUGAACCCCUACAAACCACACCUCAAUAUUCGACUAGAUUUCCGGAACGCAAUGUAAUCAGUAGCCCGCCUAGUCCCAAACCUACUUUUAAUGACUUUGGUAUAGGAGCUAAUAUAAUAAAUGGUGGCAGCCAUCGUUACGCCGCUGAAAGGGCGCCACCAGUAGCCGUUGCCCCUCCUCUAGGUCGCGAACGGGUUAGUAUUAUACGUUCACGUCCCGCUAUACGUGAAUCCCGCCCUCAAUAUGAAGCUCAAGUAGCUCCAGUACCAGUGCGUAGACCAAAGCCUAUUCAGUCGCGCCCGUUAAUCGAGCAGAAUCAAUUACAAGAUGAACGCGAAGUAAAUCACGUCAAACGUAGACGUCCUGUAGCACAAACAUUACGCAAAUGGCGUGAAGAACAUGAAGAUGGUAGCAUUACAUGGGGUUACGAGAAUGAUGACGGUUCGUUCAAGGAGGAAAUCAUUGGAACUGACUGCAUAACGAAAGGUACGUACGGUUAUGUUGAUCCCGAUGGCAAUAAACGUGAAUAUCAUUACGAAACGGGCAUUAAAUGCGAUCCAAAUAGACGCAAUUCUGAGCCAGAUGUGCAAAGCAAUGGCUUUAUUAAUUACGAAGAGAACAGAGCCAUUUUACCGAAUGGUAUUGAAAUCGAUAUGUCUCAGUUGGGUAAAAAGAAAUCGCGAAGACCGGCAGUCAAUUAUAGAAAUUAGAAUUGUACUUAAAUCUUUGUAUUAUGCUACAAUCAUUGUAAAUUUAUCCAUAUAGCCUUUAAGAGACUUUCGUGUACUAUGCCCUUAAAUAUUUUAUGAAUUUUUAUAAGAUUUUUAUUCCAAAUAAAACACUGAGACACACACAACAGAUUUUUUUACAAAACAGUAUUUUGAUUAAAAGUAUGAAUAUAUGUUCUCUUUUUUUUGAAUUUUUGUUGUCUCCUUAUUAUUUUGAAAAUAUUUAGAAAUAUUAAACUCAGAGAAACUAGAACCUUACCUUUGAAUAAGAGCAGAUCGGAAAAGUAGUACACACUCAAAUUAAAUUAUAAUAUUAAGGUUUUGGCACUCUGCUUGACGCAUUUUUUAGUACAUUUCUGAUGCUUUAAUUAAAAAUUGGAAAAAAGGAAUUGAAAAAAUUUAAAAUUAAAAUUUCAAUUUUAAAAUUAAUGUUUUGAAAUUUAAAUAUAAUAUAAACACAUUCUUACGCAAAUGUUAGACUUUUGUUGAAACUUACUUCCAUUUCAAUUCAAUU